AUGUCUGAGAAUGAUCGAAAUAAGAUUUUUAAAGUUUCGAAGAACACAAUUAUCAAACAUGAGCGUGUUUUAAUUAAGCAAAUUGUUUUGAUAUCUUCCGAGCCUGAAUUGAUACAGGGCGCAUUAGAUAUGUUCCCAGCUAAAGUUGUGCAGGUUCCUAAUUACGCAGGUACAGAAAAACAGGGAGAUGAAUCAUCUUUCUCUUAUAAAAUGAUUCAAACAGAUCCUUUGGGCGAAAGAAAAAUUUCUGCAUAUGGUGAGUUACAAAAUGGCAGGUCUUAUUUGAUGGACACUUUUACUCUAUCGAAUUCAGCACAUAUACUUGUACUGGUAUCCGAUUUGAUGAAAGCUCUGCAGUAUGAUAGAAGUGAAAUCGAGUUUUUAGAAGAGUACUCGCAACUACUGCCCUUGCAGUUGAACGAAGAUGAAAAGGCAUUCCUGAAAAAAGGUGGAUUGCUUCAAUCAGAUGAUAACACAAAUGACAGAUACAUAACAGCGAAAUCUGCGUUCGUUAGGUUUGGUGCCGCUACAAUAGCAUCCGGUGUAAGAGUUAUUGAUGAUUAUUGGGAAUCACUUGCAAAAGAACAAGGGUUUACUCCUCAUCACAGGGUUUGCAAAUUAUCUAAAAGAUUGCUUGACAUUCUGAUCGAUCUUAAACCCACUAUCCAAUACCAUAGCAAUAGAAAUGCCAAUGAAGAAGAUAGUAUCACGAAUGACCAAAAUGAACAAAACUAUUAUUUUGAGAAUCCUUACUUAACAGUAUCAGAACAGAUAUCUUUUGAAGUUAGACAAGAAUACGGCAGGGAAUUUAGUAAAGGUGAGCAUAUAGGUGCUGUCAUUCCGGGCCAAAAUAUAAAUGGUUCUUUAGAGAUAAGCUCACAGUUCAAGAUUCCGAAGUAUCAUAACAAGAAUUCAUUCCAACAGGCGAUUCAGCAAAACGCAAUGAACACACCAAUAGGUUCACCAUCACAACUAGAACAACAACAACGAUAUCCGCAAUCGCAACAGUCAGAUGUUAGUAGGUCAACUAACAUUGGAUUUUCACCAGGUUCACUUCCCUUAAGUGGCAAAUCUGGGAAACGCCUCUUGAAUAGCAUACUAGAUACCGACACUUUGGUCAUAAAAAGAAAGAAAUCCGAGGAAAAUGAGUUGAUCAAGUCGACAAAUGAUAUAGCGCUGACGAAUGAGCAAUUGAAUAUAAACGGCUGGAAAUUUGAAUCCUUACGUCUAACAACAGAUUCCAAUACAAAUAACAUUGAGUUUUCACCUCGAGGGUUGCCAUUCUACCAAAAGGACAGGCUGAUCAAGAGAUUGAAGUUGCUAACACCAAAUCAAGUCAGAGAAAUUGAACAUCUACACGAUUCACUCUUCUUAAACACAGGACUACAAAACGUAAGAAAACUAAGGGCCAAAAAAUGGACUAAAUACUGGCAACACAAAAGUGGCGUCUCCGUUGGACUCCGAAACAUCGAUGUGCCGACGUUUAAAAACAGGUAUUUAAAAGAGAUUCUAGAGCAGACAAAAACAGUGACAGUUUACAACGAAUUGACAAACAUGGAUGAAAUUUCAAUUACAAAAAGAGUCCCAAAUGCAAAUUUUCUUGGACAUUCUAAUAUACACGGGUUUAAACCCCCAUAUGCAAAUGCGCCUGUUAAUAUAAAACAAGAUUCCCAAAAAGAGAGGAGGUGA